AUGGGGUACAACUAUGAAGUCAUGGAUAGAGCAAAGGAAAGAAUUGCCUCGUCUUUCAACAACAAAGAAGACAAGUAUAAACAAAAUUUUGAAAUAAUCGAUAAGAGGUUGAAUUGUCAACUACACCAAGAUUUGCACGCAGCUGCCCACUAUUUGAAUCUGGGAUUAUAUUACAACAACCGGAGCGCGGAAGAUGAUAGUGAGGUAAUUACGGGAUUAAUUGCAUGCAUAUAUAAAUUGUCAUUGUCGAAAGAGGAUGAGUUGAAGAUUCACACUGAGUUACCUAUAUAUAAAGGUGCACAAGGGAUUUUUGGGAUUCCGAUGGCUAAAAGAAUGAGAUCAAUGCUUUCACCAGCGGAGUGGUGGAUGCAAUAUGGAUCGUCCACACCGACACUUAAGAAGUUUGCUAUUAAGCUCCAUUCAAAAAAAAGAAACCAACUUGAAUGGAAAAAGCUAAAUGAUUUAGUUUACAUAAAAUACAAUCGGGCUUUAAGGAGGUAUGAUAUGCGAGAUACGAUUGACCCGAUCAUUUUGGACGACUCGAAUGUUCAAGAUCCGAAUGAUUGGUUGGAGGGGGAAGAAGAUGCUCUUGUAUUUGAGGGUGAUAACUUGACAUGGGAUGUAAUUGCGGAGGCUAUGAGGGUGGAUGAGGAGCCUUAUGCUACAAGAAGAACGAGUAGGAGGAAAGAGGGCGUCGAGUCGAGCUCGCGAUCUAGAAGAUCACAAUUGAUAGACAAAGAUGAAGAGGAAAAUGAUGUUGGGCUUAUAAAGAGGUUGUAGAAGAAGAAGUAGAUGAUGAGCCCGUAUACGAGGAGUUGGAUGAUUUGUGAAUCGUAUUUUAAAGUCUAAGAUUAAUACUUCUUUUUUUUUUUUUUUUUUGUAAUAUGCAUGUUUUAGAACUUAGUUGAACUAAUAGUCUUUG